CCGCCGCAUCCUCGCCACGGAAAAUAACUUGCAGCCAGGGCUCCCCUGGUUAAAAUUGCGCUUGGUUGAAAAUUUAGGUGGAUUUCAUGCAGUCUUACAACAUUUUCUUUCCAGUAUCGGAAAAGGAGAGGAACUCUUAUUACUGAGGACUCAAAAGAUUAGGAGGAAGAAAAAUAGAAACAUGGCACAAGUUGGAACUACACCAGUUACACAAGAUGAACCCUCUAGUGCUGAAAAUCUUCUUGCAGUAAAAUUCCUAAUGUCAGCACUGGAGUCAAUGUGCCAGGAAAUUGCAAAGUCCAAAGCUGAAGUGGCGUGUAUUGCCGUGUAUGAGAAAGAUAUAUUUGUGGUGGGGACUGAACGAGGAAGAUCUUUCAUUGGAAACCGAAAGGAUUUUCAAACUGACUUUGUGAAAUACUGUGUGGCUGAAGAGCAAAAGGCAGCACUAAAGCGAGGAAGUAAAGCUGCACCUAGUGUAACUCCAACUGCUUUGGAUAACCAGGCUGACAUUGAAAAAAACAAAAAAUCAGUUGAGGAUUUAUUCUGCUUCGUUUAUGGUAAAGCUCUUGGAAAACUCACUCCAAUUCCUGUACCUUAUGAAAAGAUCUUUAAGGACCCUGCUGCUAUAGCAAUACAAGGAUUACCUGAUGGUGUGUGUUUUAAACAUCCAUCAAAAUAUGACACUACUUCAUUAAAAAAGAUUUUGGAGCAAAAGUCAAAAAUUAUAUUUGCAAUAAAGAGGCCAUUUUUGGAUACUGCCAAUCAACAAGAAGCAAAACAACCAAUUGAAAAGGAGAAUACAAAGAUGCCACCUGGCGGCUUCAUUCAAGUGAAAACUGAGCCUUGCGAUGAUAACCAGCCCAGUACAUCAGUUGAUCCAAUUCCAAUCAAAGCUGAAGCAGAAGAUCCAGAUUAUUAUCGAUAUACUAGUCAAGGAGAAGAGAUGCAGAAUGAAGACAAUGUAUCAAGUGAUGAGACUGAUGAGGAAUAUACACCAGAUGAUGUGUCUCACCAAGAUCAUUCUGAAACUAGUGAAGACCCAGAAGUAGAAGUAACUAUUGAAGAGCAGUACUUGAUGAAAAAGAAAAUGUCUGGGAGCCGGCAUGAAAGAUGUGCAGAUGAUGAAUAUUUGCCACCAAAUAAGCGACAAAAGUAUACAGUACAGCUGACGGAUGCUGGGGCCACCGCGAAGCGGAAAAGUAGGGAAUUCAAUUUUGAACAAUGGAAUGCAAGAAUUACCGAUUUAAGAAAGCAAGUGGAAGAACUCUUUGAUAGCAAAUAUGCUCGAGCCACUCUUGCUACCGGACCAGUUGCGAUCCCAUAUCCACUCUUCCAGUCGAAUUCCGAAGAUCUUUGUGUUGAUGGUUUACCUGAAGGAAUUCCAUUCAGGAGGCCAUCCACCUAUGGAAUUCCAAGAUUAGAAAGGAUCCUUCUAGCAAAAGACAGGAUAAAAUUUGUUAUAAAAAGACCAGAACUAUUAACUAGUGAGCAAGAAGAAACAAUUCCUGAUAAAACGGUCCCAGGAGCAAAGGAAGAGUGGAACACUAGGAUCACUAAACUAAGGAGGAUGGUUGAGGAACUCUUCAGCAAGAAAUAUGCUGAAGCCAUGGGACAGACACAAGCAAUGGUUGUUCCCUAUCGGAGAUUUGAAUCCCACCCUAAAGACCUCUAUGUGGAAGGUUUACCUGACAACAUUCCAUUUAGAAGUCCAUCUUGGUAUGGAAUUCCAAGGCUAGAGAAGAUCCUGCAAGCAAGUAAUCACGUUAAGUUUAUUAUUAAAAGAUCAGACCUACUGGUGAAUGAAUCGAAUGAGGCCAAUAUACAGAGAUCAAGCACAACUGGAAAAGAAGAUUGGAAUAUUAGAAUUACAAAACUCAGAAAACAGGUUGAGGAGAUUUUCAAUACAAAAUUUGCUGAAGCUCUGAAUCUUCCACAACCAGUGAAGGUGCCAUAUCCAUUAUUUGAGUCCAAUCCACAGCACCUCUAUGUUGAAGGAUUACCAGAUGGAAUUCCUUUCAGAAGCCCUACAUGGUUUGGAAUACCUAGACUGGAAAGAAUUAUUCGAGGCAGUGCAAAGGUUAAAUUUAUUGUGAAGAAGCCAGACCUAGUAGAGCCGUACAUUCCCGAUGGGUUGAAACAAGGGAAUAGCACUGAUGGGACCCCACCCACCAACAGAGGGAGGAGACGUGUAUCCAGUACAUCUGAGCCAAAUUUGACCCGACCUGUCAAAGACUCAAUUGGUUCUCUACCUGAGAAGACAGCACAAGCAUUGACUCCAAGCAGCCCAGAGAUAGAAGUUACAAUAGAAGCUUCUGAUGAAACUCCGCCAGUCAAGUCAGUUGGAAAUAAUACUCAAGCAAAUGGUUCAAAUGUUGCCUCAAAUGCUGCCUCAAAUGCCAUGUUUAAACCAAGAGGCAGGGAGUUUUCAUUUGAACAGUGGAAUGCCAAAAUUACUGAGCUGAAACAACAAGUGGAGACGCUUUUCAAUGUAAAAUGUAGUGAAGCAUUGGGUGUUUCAGAACCAGUGAAAGUACCCUAUGCGCUGUUUGAAUCGCAUCCAGAUGAUUUCUAUAUUGAAGGCUUGCCAGAUGGUGUGCCUUUUAGGAGACCAUCAACCUUUGGAAUUCCGAGAUUGGAAAAAAUUCUCCGAGCAAAAUCUAAAAUCAAAUUUAUAAUUAAGAAACCUGAUAUAUUUCAUACUGCAUUACAGGAAGCUGCCAAACGACCUAUUACAGCACGGUCGCAAACAACCGACGAGAAAAUCCCUGAAGUGAAGACUACUACUAUUACUCCGACUGUUGCAGGUUUGGGAAAUCGAGCAGGUGGGUUACCGACCGCAACAGGUGUUGACGACCUUAACAUUAUUCAAGUUACGGUCCCAGAAGGAGAAAAUGAAAAAGUGUCCAAGGUGGAAAAAGCUAGACAACUGAGAGAACAAGUAAAUGACCUGUUCAGCAAGAAAUUUGGUGAAGCCAUCGGAAUGAAUUUCCCCGUAAAGGUUCCUUACAGAAAGAUAACCACAAACCCAGGUUGUGUAAUAGUUGAUGGUAUGCCUCCAGGAGUUCCAUUUAAAGCACCCAGUUACCUUGAAAUAAGUGCCAUGAAAAAGAUCCUGGAGUCUGCAAACUUUAUCAAAUUUACAGUUAUACGACCUUUUCCAGGCCUCCUGAUUAAUAACCAGCUAGCUGAACAAAGUGCAGCAGAAGGUCCAGUAGUGACAUCUGUAGCAUCUGCAUCCAUAUUACCAACUGCCUCAUUGGUCCCAUCUCCUGUGAUGUCUACUGCACCGCUGGUACCACCUACAGCACAAGGACAUGAUGUCAGUCUGCGUGAGAAAUCUCAGCCUCCAGAAUCAUCCAAUGUGGAGGUGUGAGCUCCAGAAAGCUUGGGCAUCAUUGUAUUAUAACUGUACAACAUAGGAAAAAUGUUUGCUUAUAUCCUGACCUUUUUGUACCAUUGGAAAGAUUUUUUUUCUUUUUUAUCAGCACAAGAUUAUUGCUUCUGUGAAAUUCACUGAAUUGUCUCCAUUGGUUGAGGGUGUGUUCUGUACAUCUGACUUGUCAACCCGAAUACUUUUAUUAAAGUGAAGAAAAAAUACUUUUGUCUGUACUGGUGGCACCAUUUGUGUUGAAUGUUUGUAUUUGGCACUAAUUGGUUUGUGAGCUGUCUCAUGUUAGAGGCAUUAUUUUUUAUUAUUGUAACUAAUUAUGCUGAAAUUGUGCCUCCCACCACCCUUGUCCCCAAAAGUUACAUAAAAUGUAUCAACAAACAAUGAAAAUGAAAAAUUCAAUC